UACGUCGUCUCCAACAUGUACAGCCCAAUCUGUCAUCCAGCAUCACCCAUGCUCUGCGCCACGCGAUAUCUCAUCAUCGGUUGUACCAGCUGCCCCUAUCGCCACCAUCACACGUGCCACAAAACUACUGACUCACAACUUCGCCACGCGGCGUUUAUAAUUACUCGGCGAGUUUCCGUGUGGCACCCACCUAUCUUCCGUCAUUCUCCCCAAUAACGAUUCACAUCUCGGACCGUACAGUCCCGAACGGCUGCACCACACUUUCGUUGAAAAACCCUAACCCACAACAUUUCGACUCUCUCCACAUACCAUCAACUAAAAAUGGCCAACUCGCUCGAACAACUCAAAGCGUAUGUACAGCUACUGGUUAUCAUCUCACCUCUGGGCCCCUGCGCUGACAUGUCAUUCGUCCCUUUUGUCCAACAGAUCCGGCACCGUCGUCGUCUCUGAUUCUGGAGACUUCGAAGCCAUUGGAGCUUACAAGCCCCAAGAUGCCACCACCAACCCUUCCUUGAUCUUGGCCGCCACCAAGAUGGGAUCUUAUGACAAGGUCAUCAACGCCGCCGUUGAGUACGCCAAGAAGAAAGGAGGUGAUAUCGACGUCCAAUCUGAGAACGCUUUGGACGCCUUGUUGGUCGAAUUUGGAAAGGAGAUCCUCAAGAUCGUGCCCGGUCGAGUCUCCACCGAGGUCGACGCCAAGUUCUCCUUCGACGAGCAGGGAACUAUCAACAAGGCCCACCAGAUUAUCAAGCUGUACGAGGAAGCUGGAAUCAGCAAGGACCGUGUUUUGAUCAAGAUCGCCUCUACCUGGGAGGGUAUCCACGCCGCUGAGAAGCUUGAAAAGGAGGGUAUCCACUGCAACCUGACCCUUCUCUUCGGAUUCGCUCAAGCUGUUGCUUGUGCCGAAGCCGGAGUCACUCUGAUCUCUCCUUUCGUUGGCCGAAUUCUCGACUGGUACAAAAAGUCCACUGGCGAGGAGUACACAGCUGAGACUGACCCGGGUGUCAAGUCUGUCCAGAGGAUAUUCAACUACUAUAAACAACACGGAUACAAGACCAUCGUCAUGGGAGCUUCGUUCCGAAACGUCGGGGAGAUCAAGGAGUUGGCAGGAUGUGACUAUCUGACCAUUGCCCCGAAAUUGCUCGAAGAACUGCAAAAGUCCAACGACGACGUGCCUAAGAAGCUCGACGCCUCCACUUCUCACCAGGCCAGCGAAGAAAAGGUCUCAUUCCUUAACGAUGAGCCUGCUUUCCGAUGGCAACUAUUCGACGACAACAUGGCGUUCGACAAGCUUCACGAGGGUAUCAGAGGAUUCGCCAAGGACGGUGCGACCUGCAAAGACAUGCUCAAGAAGAAGCUCCAGGAGUAGAUGACGGACGUGCGCUUAGACUGUGUAGCUCGGUCGAUCCCAUCUCGACACUGACAUGUCAAAAGUAGGGAAGGGAAAUGCAUCUGUGUCCUGAUAGACGAGACAUGGUAUGAUGGUGUAUGAUAAGAUACAACGGUGUCAUUGUGGAUCUAUGACCCUUAUGCACGCUUGAGGGCUCGGUCCAGCGGUCCCACCUGCUCGUAAGUCCAAGGUUGCUGUCCGUCGUUCCAGUCCGUGCACGCGUUCGAGAUACGCUCAUACUCGGCCAUGGCGCUCUCGUCCCAUUUGUCAUAACUCCAAGUCGCGUCGAUACAUUUGGCACAAGCGACUGAAAAAAUGAACGGGAACGUUUAGCAUCAAGUAUGCUUUAGACUUUCUCUC